AUGAUUUCACUCUCACGUCCCUGCGCACGCAGAUGGCUGUCGAUUUUGCUCGUGUUAUAUUUCGCUAUACUGCCUGAGUCCUGCAAUGCGAUUCAAAGGGUACCGCAUUCGCAGCAGGUCUUGGAAGCCGACCGCCCCGAGAUUGAGGCGGCGCUUCGCAGGCAUGAAGUGCAUCUCGAGACCUUGCCUCAAUUGGGAAGCACACGAGGAAAUCUGGAUUGCAAAUCCGCUUGUCAAGGACUCAAGCAGGUCUUUGGAAGCCAGGUGAUCAGCAGGUCCGAUGGUGAAGGGUAUAACAGCUUCACUAGCAGUUACUGGUCAAUGCAACAAGCCGAAGUCUCUCCUGCGUGCAUCUUCAUACCAGAAAGCAGCAAGGGCAUCGCCAUCCAGCUCCUCAUCUCUCGCCUGACAGCCUGCCCAUUCGCGGUCAAGGGUGGCGGACACGCGUCUUUCGCGGGAAGCUCAAGCAUCGAGAACGGCAUCGUCGUCUCGCUGAGGUCGUUCAGCGACAUCACCCUCAGCGCCGAUCGAGCGACAGUGACCGUCGGAGCAGGCACCCGCUGGGGCGACGUCUAUGCCGCGCUUGAGCCCCACGACCUGACUGUCGUCGGCGGCCGCAACUCGGAUGUGGGCGUCGGUGGACUGACCCUCGGAGGUGGCAUGUCCUUCUUCUCGAACAUGCACGGUCUGGCCUGUGACAACGUCGCCGAGUUCGAGGUCGUGCUGGCAUCUGGAGAGGUCGUCGUGGCGAGUGCCCGGGAGCACGCAGACCUCUACUGGGCCCUCCGUGGAGGAGGCAACAACUUGGGGAUCGUGACUGUGUUCCGUUUCUUCACCGUACCUUUGCCUCAGGGGCUUGUCUGGGGUGGAGGGUUGACGAUCGACCAUGGCGGCGUAGGCCAGGCGCGAGUGGCCACCGCGGAAAGAUGGGCUCAUGACGGGGAUUCCGAGCUGAGGGCACCACCGCACGCUGUUUAUGGUGGCAUACCGCCAUUGCUGGACGCCUUCUACAACAUCACCGUCACAGGCGUCAAUAAGAACCCCAAGGCAUCGCAUAUACUAGCCGUUGUUGUGCUUGCCUCGGCGCCGGAUCCCCACAAUAUAUGGAUGCAGGGGUCAGUCGUCGCCAGUACGAUGCUUCAGUACACUGCACCUGUAACAGCCAUCCCCUCUGUAUUUGAGGAGUAUUUCACAGCACUGAAGAUACCGCCCUGGUCGCAAGCAUUCAUGAACCGCACGCUCAGCAACCUCACAGAGCUAUUCUCCCAAGGACAGCCGGCAGGAAAGCGCAACAUGUAUUGGACGGCGACGUCGAAGAUGGAUCGGGCCAUGAUGGAUCACAUCGUUGAUUACUUCCUCCAGGUCGUGGCCUUUGGGGAAAUCAUCCUCGGGCUCUCCGCCUCUCUGAUGUUCCAGUCUAUCAGCACCCCAAUGCUCAAGAGCAUGCGCAAGAACGGCGGAAACCCGCUGGGCCUCGACGGCGACGAGCCCAGGAUGGUGGUCACGGUCGUCAUGUCGUGGGACAACUCCACCGACGACGCGGCGGUCCAUCGAAUAAGCAAGUCCAUCACGAGGUUCGUCCAGGGGCUCGCGGACGAGAUAGGACGUUCGGACGACUUCGUCUAUAAUGCGAGUCAGCACCAGAGUGUUGUGGCCGGCUACGGCGAGGGCAACCGGGAGAGGCUGGUGGAGGUGGCGAGAAAGUACGAUCCCGAAGGCGUCUUCCAGGAGUUGCAGCCGGGGUAUCACAACUUGCUGGGUUCUCCUCAAGAGGACAACAUACCGUGUGACAUUUAG